UGUUGUUUUAGUUUGUUGAAAAAAAGUUGUUUACCUAAAAUUGUUUUUUUUCCCUUCUAGUUUCACAAGCCAGACCUCCACCAAAUCAAAAGAAAGGGUCCCGGACCCCCAUUGUCAUCAUCCCUGCCGCCACCACCUCACUCAUCACAAUGCUCAAUGCUAAGGAGCUCCUCCAGGAUCUGAAGUUUGUCACGCCGGAAGAGAAGAAGAAGCAGGGCAUCCAGCGUGAUAAUGAGGUUCUGCUGCAGAGACGCAAAGACCAGAUCCAGCCGGGGGGGGCGACGGUGAGCGUCACCGUGCCGUACCGAAUCAUCGACCAGCCGCUCAAACUGGCUCCACAGGACUGGGAUCGAGUGGUGGCCGUGUUUGUGCAGGGUCCUGCCUGGCAGUUCAAAGGCUGGCCGUGGCUGCUGCCUGAUGGUUCUCCUGUUGACAUUUUUGCCAAAAUUCGAGCCUUUCAUCUGAAGUACGACGAGGCGAAGAUCGACCCCAACGUGCAGAAGUGGGAUGUGUCCGUCCUGGAGCUGAGCCGCCACCGGCGCCAUCUGGACCGACCCGUGUUCCUGCACUUCUGGGAAACCGUCGACAGAUACCUGGUCAAACACAAAGCUCACCUCCGGUUCUGAGCCCAGAUCACUGCGUCCAUCCCCGGAAAAAAUACUAUGACCCCCUCCAACCCUCCUCGGUCCAACUUUGCCAUCCCAUUAUCCAUUUUGAUUCUCAUCUCGUGGACUUCCUCCUUUACUUCCUCGAGGACUACUUUUCUCUGGACACCUGCGGGGAGAUUUAGGGAAUUUUCUGUUUUUGGUUGUAAUUAUUUCCUAAUAUUUUCAUGUAGAAAAAUACCAAAAUAUGUUUUUAUAUGAAAAAAAAUACUGUGGAAAUGAUUAAGAUGCGAUAUCUAGCAACAUAAUGGGGUCGGAGGGAGAGGUUUCAUUUUGUCAAAAGUAAAGAGGACUGUUAAGGUCAAAAUGACUCUUGGUACAAACAAAGCAGCCACUGAGUUUGAGGAAAGUGACUUCCUUUACACUUUUUCCUUUUGGGUUUCUUUGGUCUGAAUGUACAUAUAUGAUAUGAUGAUCGCUGUCAGAUCACAGCUCUGAGCGGAGAGAAGGUUGCCAGUGAUUUGUUAAUACGACUGUUAUCAAGUCAGUCUGUUCCUAGCUCAGUUUUUGACUGUUCAGCAUUUCUCUGGGUCAUACAAUGGCCUUGUUAAAGUCUUCGUUUUCUUUGUUGGUGUUGUGCUAGAGGAGAAAUAUGAUGGAAAGUAUUGCUUUAAGUGGUCACAUGAAAAUAGACAAUAAAGCCUCAGAAAAACAAAA